AAUGAACGUUUGCCUGCUGCUUCGUUUUUACGAAAUUCAAACAGACUAGCGUAUACCUCUACAUUCUGGCGACUAGAAGUCUAAGUCCCUUCACGCUGCCGCCUGGCGUCCGGCAGAUAAGCAAGAUGGCUUACAAGUGUAUUGAUAUCGGUGUAAAUUUGACGGACCCCAUGUUUCGCGGCACAUAUCGGGGAAAGCCGGUGCACACAGAUGACCUCGAGCAGGUACUUCAACGGGCUCGUGACGCUGGCGUAGAACGCAUUAUGGUGACCGGAGGAAAUCUCAAAGAAAGUCAAGAGGCGCUCCAUCUAGCUCGCCGGCAUGAUUUUCUCUUUUCAACCGUGGGAUGUCAUCCUACACGAUGUCAAGAGUUUGAAACAUCAUCAGACGGAACACCCCAGGAUCCGGACGCUUACUUCACCUCCUUAUUGAGUAUUAUUAAGGAAGAUGCAGCAUCUCCUUCUGCAAAGGUGGUUGCAGUUGGCGAAUGUGGGCUUGAUUAUGAUCGGUUAGAAUUUUGUCCGAAGGAACUCCAGCUACGAUACUAUGAACGUCAGUUUGACCUUGCUCAGCAAACAGGUCUUCCAAUGUUCCUGCACAAUCGAAACACAGGUUCUGAUUUCAUUGAAUUGACCAAACGUAAUCGAUCAAAAUUCGUGGGUGGGGUCGUUCAUUCGUUUGAUGGCUCAAUAGAGGAAAUGAAGGUAAUAGUCGGAGAGCUGGACCUGUUCGUUGGUAUAAAUGGAUGUUCCUUGAAGACGCAACGUAAUCUGGAUGUAGUAAAAGAAAUACCUGUUGACCGGCUAAUGAUUGAAACAGACGCUCCAUGGUGCGACGUUAGGCCGACGCACGCAUCCUACAAAUAUAUCAAAGAUACUGAAUUUGCAAAUGCAAGUUCCCACAAGAAAAAAGAAAAGUUUGAGAUGGGUUGCAUGGUAAAGGGACGCAACGAGCCCUGCCAAAUAAGGCAAGUCUUAAAAGUUAUUGCUGAUCUGAAAAGCAUGGAUAUAAGGGAAUUAUCAGAGAUUGUGUAUCACAAUACAAGAAAGAUGUUUUUUCUGGGAAGAUCUUAGUAAACAUACAAUCUCAAUAGAAUUUAAGUAGAUCUGAGAUGCGUACGGUCGAUGGAAAGCUUGUAACUAUCAAACGUCAAUGUUGCACGGGAUACUAUUGGGCGAAGGAGAUGGAAUCAAAGCACUUACAGAAAUUCGCCUUACCGAGUAGAUGCAUCCAUUAACUCCAGUAGUGAAAAUGAAAGCCAGAAAACUCUGAUCUGCUGGUCAAAACUUUGAAGCUUCAGCUGCAACAGUCUUCGGGGCUCGCCACGAUCCACGAUCGAUGAUGCGUGAUCGUACAGACAUGGAACGUGUCAACCUCAUCGCUUGAUGGCCAUUUCAACACGCUUCUACCUCGCAACAUUCUUCGCUUAUUUCUUUCUACGGAAGCGCCUGAAGAAUAGUAAACCGAUUUUUUUUAUCCUUGCGGUUCUUCUCGGGUUGGUAGUCCUUCAUUACCUGGCUCUUCCCUUCCCGCACCUCCCACACGGCGCACGUUCUGCACCAGGGCAGUUGCCCUCAACCCCACAGCCAUCACCGAGCGAAUAAAGCAUGGAUAGGGAAAGCUCAAAAGUGAACGUUGGAUUGUAGCAGACGCAGAGCUCUGUCGUCGCGCUGUGGAGAUGGGCGCCAGGUUGACCAGUCAGAACGGAAACGCAGGCAAACCUAAUAAGUGGGCUCGAGCGAAUCAAACAUUCCUGCGAUACUUUAUUAUCAUUAUGGCCUCUGGGAUAGUGGGCCGUGAAAAUGGGAGGUUCACCAUGUACCCGGCAUCCAACCAGAGGCCUAGAAUAGUGUCGGAUAAAGGAUGAAGCUACACGAGGUCGGCCGUGCGCCAUCAAUGGCUUAUAUUCUUCUCGUUCCCCCUCUAUUUGCGAUUCACCCUGGAGAGGCCACUUGAGCGAGAUAGACUGUUGGAGUUGCAGAAAAAAUGGGCUUUGGUUAAUGACGUGUACGGUCAUUGAGAAUCACGGAUGGACAACUGAUAUUGACAAUAACAAAAGAGGUGUACAUGGUCAUAAACAUGGGUAUCAGACGAAUUGUAACUAGUCAUCAAAGACUGUCAAUGCUUGGCGAGGGCAAGACCAACG